AUGCAUAUGAUGAGGACUAGAUGUAACAAACACAAAUAAAAUUAUAUACAAUUCAUUUGCCUUUAAGAGGAUUGUGAAAUUAAUAAAUUGGGAUGUAUUAGUUGUUUUCCAGAUCAUGAUGGUCACACUAAACAAAAUAUGGAAAUCUAACAUUUCUUUGAAAAGAUAACACAAAAAGAUAGGGAUCUUGAGUUAAAGUAUCUAUAACUAAUUAAUUCAAACUCAGCUAAGAAGAAUAAGGAAUAAAUAAUCAGAUCUAUUUAAUAAUAAUGCAAAGCUAUCUAAAGUAGGGCAUUUAGUUUCAUUGAUCGUCACUGUGAAGCCUUAAUAAACAGUGUUUAAAAUAAGAAUCUCAAUGAUUCAACUUCAUAAUUAAAGGUUAAAGGUUAUCAUGAUGAACUUGAAAGGAUAAAAAAUAAAUCAACUUAUACGUUAGAGAAUAAAGAGAUUGAAUUCCUGAUUAACUUUGUUUUAACAAAUGAUUAUUCAGAAAUGAUUGCAAGUGCUUUUCAAAUAAAGGAAAAAAACAUUUAAGAAUUCACAUAUGACAUUAAUCAGAUAGUCAAUUCAAUAGAUUAUUAACUUUCUGAACUUUACAAUCAAUUAGACUCACAACUUUCAGCUCAAUAAUUUGCCUCCUCUCCAUCAUUUGACCAAAAAAACAAAAGUUUUUAACACAAUUAUUCAUUGACUCUUGGAAUUUUACCAAAAAGCCCAAAUAGAAAUUCCACUAAAGGCAAGUCAAAAUCUCCUCUAAGAUAAACAUCAACAAAUCAAUCAAGAAUGAAGACUCCUGAAUCAAACAAAAAACAAACUUAUUCCAUUGGAUCCACCAGUAAAAUUUAGAUUUCAAAGUUCCUUAUGACUUCUCCCUUAAAGGAGGAAGAUGAUUUUAUCACUAAAAAUAAAAAUCUAGAAUCCUUAAUUACAAAUGUAUUAAUGAUCCAUCUGCCAUUCAAAUAUUUAAAUGAUCACUUAGUGUUCUUAAAAAACAAUUAUGUUGAGUUCUAAGAUUAUAAUAGAAUUACUCAAUAGGAAAAAGUAUAAAUAAUUGAAGAAUCUAACUCUUAAUUGCUAUAUGUUCUAUGGGAUAAUUUAAUGAUUGAGUGGUUAAAACCUCCUCUCAACUUUAGUAUCAUUUAAAUUAAAGUUUAUGAAGUUGAAAAUAACUUUAAUUCUUUUCUAGAGCUAUUUGAUAAGCAAUUAAAAAUGCACGAAUUCGUCGCUUAUGUUAUUAAAUAGAAAAUAAUUAAACCAAAAGUUGAUUAUUAAACAUGGUUCAUUUUGGCUAGCAGAGCUACAAAUUCAUUUAAAAUGUAUAAUAUUAAGUCUAGUGGCAAGAAAGUAAAUAGAGAAAUGACAGUUGAAGAUUAAUCAUUUUCUUGUGUUGAUCAAUUAAAAGCUGCUAAUGUCUACGCUUAAUUUCCAAAAGUAAUUCAAGACCAUCUAAACGGGAGCUUUUCUAUUGAUAAGGAUCUUAAAAUUAUUAUCAAAGGAAUCAUGGAUCCAAACUUCUAAACAUAACUAUUAGCAGAAAGAUUACAAAUUAUGUUAAAUUUGGUUACAAAUCCUUAAGUCGCUGCCAAUCUAACAUUCUAGAAUAUUGAGAAACACUUUGAUCAAGUUUUGAUCAAUUUCAAGUAUUUUAUUAACUACCUAAAUUUAUCAUUAAAAGAUACGCUAUAAAACUGA